CAGCAGCUCCGUGAGCUUCAACACACGAGUUCCGCGCGGAUUAACAACACAAGCACACACAAGCUGAUUAAACCCGCGUCUGUGCGCUGUUUUCAACCGGGAGGACACGAGACAUUUAAAAGGAACCCGUUUAAAUAUCGCUGCACCAUAUCACGGAGAUAUAAACGAGACUAAAUAACCGGAGUUCCGCUAAUAUAACACUGGACCAAACUCAUCUUUCAACACUGGACAUUUGAUGGAUUUAUUGUUCAUUUUGUAUUGUUUAUUGUUUAUUACUGUUUUGCUAAUGUAAGAUUUUGAGUAAUACAAAACACAAUAAGCUAUUGUCUAAAAUAUCUUCUUUCUAGACAUUACACUUUUAAAACAAGGACACUGUUGAUCUUUUAUGUUAAUUUGAAGAUUUUUUUAUAUAUAUAUUUUUUUCCAAAAAAGUAUUUUAGCGGACAUUGAUCGCGCCGAUCCCGAUCAUGCACUCGCGCUUCAGCUGUAGUUUUACUCGCUUCUGUAGUUCCUGAUCUCUGCUGGGAAUAACCGGGAUGUUUGGGAUGGAUCCAUCGCUCUGUUAAAGCUCUAUGUGAAGUGUACAGCCGUGGAGCAGCCGUUGUCUGGAGGAAUUGUGUCCGAUCUGAUCAUGUAUGAGAGUGUGGAUGUGAACCCUUUCCUCAUGAUGGAUUACUAUAAUCAGAGCAGAGGAUGUCUGAUCCCGGACAAGAUGCCCCAUCCCUUCAGCUCAUCCAUCAGACAUCAGCACUGGAGCGGAUCCAACCACUCUAUUGAGACCCAGAGUACGAGUUCAGAGGAGAUCGUCCCAAGCCCACCCUCUCCACCCCCUCCUCCUCGCAUCUACAAGCCCUGCUUUGUGUGUCAGGACAAAUCUUCAGGGUACCACUAUGGCGUCAGUGCCUGUGAGGGCUGCAAGGGUUUCUUCAGGCGAAGUAUUCAGAAGAAUAUGGUGUACACGUGCCACCGGGAGAAGAACUGCAUCAUCAACAAAGUCACCCGCAACCGCUGUCAAUACUGCCGGCUGCAGAAGUGCCUGGAAGUGGGGAUGUCCAAAGAAUCGGUGAGGAAUGACAGAAAUAAGAAGAAGAAAGAAGAAAAGAAGCCCGAAUGCACAGAGAACUACACGCUGAGCCCAGACACAGAGCAGAUGAUCGACAGAGUCAGAAAAGCCCACCAAGAGACCUUCCCCUCGCUCUGUCAGCUUGGCAAAUACACCACGAGUAAUAGCUCGGAGCGGCGCGUGGCCCUGGAUGUGGAUUUAUGGGAUAAGUUCAGCGAAUUAUCCACAAAGUGCAUCAUAAAGACAGUGGAGUUUGCCAAGCAGCUGCCAGGGUUCACCACCCUUACCAUCGCAGACCAAAUCACCCUGCUGAAGGCCGCCUGCCUUGACAUACUGAUUCUGAGGAUCUGCACCCGCUACACGCCCGAGCAGGACACCAUGACGUUCUCUGAUGGUUUAACACUCAACCGAACACAGAUGCACAACGCAGGCUUCGGUCCACUAACAGACCUGGUGUUCGCAUUUGCUAAUCAGCUACUACCGCUAGAGAUGGACGAUGCUGAGACGGGACUGCUCAGUGCUAUAUGCCUGCUGUGUGGAGAUCGGCAGGACCUGGAACAGGCUGAUAAGGUGGAUGUACUGCAGGAACCCCUUCUGGAAGCACUGAAGAUCUACGUGAGGAACAGAAGGCCACACAAACCACACAUGUUCCCUAAGAUGCUGAUGAAGAUUACUGACCUGAGGAGCAUCAGUGCAAAGGGGGCUGAACGUGUGAUCACCCUAAAGAUGGAGAUUCCGGGCUCCAUGCCCCCUCUGAUCCAGGAGAUGUUGGAGAACUCUGAGGGUUUGGAGAGCUCCUCAGGCGCACAGGGCUCACGGGCCUCUGCCACUACUCCGGGCAGUUGUAGCCCCUCCCUCUCUCCCAACUCCGCCCAGAGCAGCCCGCCCACACAGUCACCAUGACAACCAUCAUCUAAACCAUCGUUGGCCACUUACUGACUACUGUGUGCUCUCCCGACACGCUCAAAAACACACACUCUCAGUGCCGCUACUCUGCCUGUGGGAGGAUCAAAGCUGUGUCACCGGAAUUUUUAUUUUUUUCCUCAGAUCAGACUGUGAUUGUAUUCCUCCUUAAUUCCCAAGGGGGGACGAGGGUGAAGACAGAAAAAAACGAAGAAAAAAAAACAACAACUUAAGAAUGAAUGAAUAGACAAAUUCGUAGAAGGACUUUUCUUCUGCUUCGAUUCUUCUGGCCUGGACUUCUGUUUGCAAUGACCAGAGACUGAUUUCCUACAAACUAAAACUACAUAUAAAUAUAUAUAGAGAAAACCUGGAAUGAUUGUGAUUGUGAAUAGAAUGAAACAUGGACUUGAUGUAAAGAUGCAUUUCCUCACUUUUUCUCUUAAUGCCUGUGAAAGGACAAAGAGUGAAUUGUUUUAUUUCAGACUGAUUAUGAUGUUUUUCAUGGAGAAAAAAACAUUGAAAAGAUUAUUAAUUUCCACUCACAAAAUUGUGCACAGAAGAUAUAAAAAUGGUUGCAAAAAACACAGUUUGUGUGAUGUUUUCUUUCCUUGAUUUGUCUUCAAGCUACUAGCCGAUUUCUCCAGAAUUUCUACUAUAUUUUAAUAUAGUGUGUUUUGCUUAAUAUUUGAUAGAUGAAGUUCUAAAAAUGUCAAUAAGAAUUCUCAAGGCCCUGAUAUACUUUCUGCAAACUUGGAUCUUUGUUGCUGACAAGUAAACAAAUUCUGAACCUCGGA